AUGUUUCUGCAACGUCGGAGCCGAGGCGAUGUGUACAUCUCCGGGAUCAGCAUCACGGAAGACCCCAAGGCCGGUCGAACAGGGCGUCUACCGCACCCACGCGGACGAGCAGUGCUGGUAGCACAUGGUCGUGAGCUGAUGAAGGUGACGAAGGGUUUUCUGACGGAGACGGGUGUGCAGAAGUGGGAAACUUUGGGCUGGGGCAGCCCUUCUUUGUCAGAUAUGGCAAGCAUGGCAGAUCCGGAUAGCAGGAAUGUAAAGACGUGGGUGGAUGAUCUUUACUCUGGCGAGGAGAAAAAGAAACACCGAAGUGAGGCCGCGGCGCGCCUGGAUGCGGCGCUGGGUGGACCUGUACGGCACCUCCGACAACGGGAAGUCGCAGCGCGGAGAAAGUCCCUGUUUGCGAGAAGUGGCGGUAGAGUAGCAUGGCCCUGCCCGCACCGCAGCACAAGCAGCGCAAUGUCGCUGGAAACCCAACUGGAGAAGGUUGGCAAUGCAGUGUCAGCAGGAAUGCAUGAGGUUUAUUCGGGACUCAAUCGGCCGGACUACGAUGUUCCGCCGCAGCUCGGUGGCGACUCGCCAGAGCAAAUCAACUGGCUUGCCAUCCUCAUCCUCGUGGCGGUUUUCCUGUCACUUGUGCUUGGAUGGGUCCUCGACAGCAGGUGCCGAGGAGCGCUUAUGGAGGGCCGGCCACACUUUUGGGCAAUACUACUGCUUUGCACAAGCUACUUGCUGUUAAUUCCUGGAUUGAUCAACCCGGUUUUCAGCUUUAGCAUCGUGAUCAACAUAAUCGGACACCGCAAGAAUGUUGAACCGGAAGCUGGCCACCCAGUCUGCACUGAGACUACAACUGGUUUGGCACACCUUCUUUGGAAAACAGGCUCUCGGAUUGGUGCGUUCCUGGUUAUCCUGUUUUCGAUGGUCAUCCCUGCCUUCGAGCUGGUCAUGCUGGUUCUGGGUGAAGUCUUUCGCUUCACUUCGGCGAGGUGUGCCGAGAUAUUCCGAUGGGUCAUUCUGUGGGUACAGCAUAGGUCUAAGUGGGCUUCUCCAGAUAUGUUCGCCUAUGUGCUACUGGUCGACUUGGUGCGAACCCUGGAUCAGGAGCCACUAAUUCUGUCGAGGGCAAGGCUGGAGAUCGGCUUCUCCUGCUUCAGCACCUUCGUGGUGACCGCAACUGUCUCAUCUUUGGGCGUGCCGCUACCACAGGCAAGAUCUCGGAAAUCGGUUCCGAUCGCGCCUGUGGCGCUGCGACACCUUGGAGAACGUGGAUUGGCCAUUGCUGUGAGUUUGCUCGCGUUGGCGUUCGUCCCACUCUUUUUACACGGAUUGCAUGCUCCGUGCAUGUCUUUCCACAUCGAGACGAAGCAGCUCUUUCCUCCAUAUGGGCCUUUGCCAGAAUCAGCGCGAACUGUAGUUGACAUCUUGGACUUGAGGCACUUGCUCAGGUCAGAGACGAGCAUCGUCUCAUGUGUCACAGACUACAUCGGCAGGCUGUACGAGUGGGAAGCCAAUACAUUUCUCUCGCUCGCUUUGAUCUCGGUGUGUGUUGUGGGAAGCACGUUGUUGGAUAUGCUUGCGCUGGUGUUGGCUGCCUUGCACCUUGCCAGUGGUAAAGGCUAUGCAGCUCUCAAUAAACCACAUGCAGAGACGGAUCAGCCCAGUGGACAGCCAGUCCUCGUGCCCACGAGCUGCAAGUCGAUCACCAUUGCGCGGAUCGCGCGAAAAUUGUCAAUGUUGGACGUAGCGAUGGUCGGCGUCUACUUGGUUACAGUGUGUAUGUCCAUGUACGCCAAGUACGGAGUUGUUGUGUCUUUGGAGCACGGAAUGCUCAUUCUGCUGGGUGCAGAACUAGUUCAUGCUCUCACCUAUCACCUUGUAGACUCCGCUUUUUCAUACUGCGAGGAGUUGCAGGCAUUUGACGAGGAAGCUCUUCGGUCGAAGACAAAGAAUGAGGGCGCAGAAGUUGCUCCACAUGUUGAUCUUGGCUGCUGUGGCACUUGGCCGAAGCUCUUGAGAUAUGUUCCCAUGAAGGCAAUGUUCUAA